GAGAAGUAUGGUUUAGGCUUUGGGGCGUCAGCCAUGGAUGUAGCACUUUCUCCCAUGAGGACACAAGAACUGGAUCCCAUGCCAUCUGAUGCCUCUCCCAUGCUCAUAAACAUGACUCCUACAGUGGAACAAGAAGGGGAAGGGGAUGUCAUGAAGGACCUAGACUCUGGCCAGCAGUAUGAAAAGCCCCCUCCCCUGCACACCGGGGCUGACUGGAAGAUUGUUCUGCACUUGCCGGAAAUCGAGACCUGGCUGCGGAUGACGUCGGAGCGGGUCCGGGACCUGACCUACUCCGUGCAGCAGGACUCGGACAGCAAGCACGUGGAUGUGCACCUGGUGCAGCUGAAGGAUAUUUGUGAAGAUAUAUCUGAUCAUGUUGAACAAAUUCAUGCUCUACUAGAGACUGAGUUUUCCCUGAAGCUUCUGUCUUACUCUGUCAAUGUGAUAGUCGAUAUCCACACAGUGCAACUGCUCUGGCACCAGCUACGUGUUUCUGUCCUGGUUCUGAGAGAACGUAUUCUGCAAGGACUACAGGACGCCAAUGGAAACUACACCAGGCAGACUGAUAUUCUGCAAGCAUUUUCUGAAGAGACUAAGGAGGAUCGUCUUGACUCUUUAACUGAAGUUGAUGAUUCUGGACAGUUAACCAUCAAAUGUUCUCAAAAUUACUUGUCCCUGGAUUGUGGUAUUACUGCAUUUGAACUAUCUGACUACAGUCCUAGUGAAGAUUUGCUUGGUGCUCUGGAUGACAUGACCUCCAGUCAAGGGAAAGCAAAAUCAUUUGAAUCCUGGAACUACAGUGAGAUGGAUAAGGAAUUUCCAGGACUUAUCAGAAGUGUGGGUUUACUUACAGUAGCAACAGAUUCCAUUGCUUCCCAGUGUAAUGAAUCUUUGGAGGAGAAAGAAAAUCAUGUACCUCUUUCAGCAGAAGAUGGAGAAGAAACCAAAGACAAGAAAGCAUCACAUGAUCUCUCACUAUCAUCUCCUUCUGGAAAUUCCUCUCUUUCUAAAGGACCUUUCUCUGAAAAUGGUGUUUUACCUACUGACAGCAAAGCAGUUUCCAUAUCAAAGAACCAGGAGUGCAAUCCUCCACAGCACACUGGCGAAAAUAUCAAACAUUCUCACUGUGAAAAUUCAACACCUAAGAGGUCCAUAAGAGACUGCUUUAACUAUAAUGAAGACUCUCCUACGCAGCCUACGUUGCCAAAAAGAGGUCUGUUUCUGAAAGAUGAUGUGUUCAAAGAGUACAUGGAAGCCAAUGAUUUAAAAAGGCAAAUCUCUCAAAUAGUUAAGAAUGAAAUGAGUAGAAGUACACCCUCAUUGUUAGAUCCACCAGACAGGUCCAAGCUUUGCCUAGCUUUACAGCCACCAUACACUAACAGUCCAUCUGCAGUUAGUCAGUCAUACGAUUGCUUAAAUACAAUAAGUGAUAAGAAUCUUGAGUACUCAAUAAAUAAUCACUUCAAAGACAGUCCCAUAAUUCUAGGAAAGUGUACUUUCUACAACAGUAAAGAAAAAUCAAAGCACAAGAAGUCUCAUGAUUCUGCAGAGAAACUGAAAACUGACAGAACACCUGGAAGUACGUGUAAAACAGCUCCAUACACCCAGGUCAAAAAAAGAGGGUGUUCUCUGCAGAAUGGAAUUACUUCUCAUAGCUCUAAGUCUCUGGAGGAGACAGAAACAGAUUCUUCUGCAUCAUCAGAUUCUUGUAACCAGAGAGACCCAAAUGGGCAAUCACAAGGUAAAACCGAGCCCGUCAGCUCACCAACGCGUAGCCAAAACAGUGCUUCUUCAGCUGGUUCUGAGCUUUCCAGCUCAUCCCCUCUUCUGCUGAGAAGAAAGAAAAAUAAAAGUUUAUCUUCAACACCACACUAUACUCAAAAAACCCCUAAGGACAAUGAGGUGUGGUAUGGAUCUGAUGAAUAUUUAGCACUUCCUUCACAUCUCAAACAGACUGAAGUAUUAGCUUUAAAACUUGAAAAUUUGACAAAGUUGCUGCCCCAAAAGCCCAGAAAAGAAACCAUUCAAAAUAUUGAUGACUGGGAGCUGUCAGAAAUGAACUCAGAUUCAGAAAUGUAUCCAACAUACCAGACAAAAAAGCACAAAAAAAGGGGUAGAAUUUCACCAAGUUCUUCAAGUGAUAUAGUAUCCUCCUUAGGUGACAGUAUUGAAUCCGGGCCUCUCAGUGAUAUUCUCUCUGAUGAAGAUCUUUGUAUGCCUGUAUCUUGCAUUAAAAAAUACACUGAAGAAAAGGCCGAAAGGACUGCUGCCACUCAGCCCACAGGGAAUGAGACUUCUCCUUCAAAUAAAUCAGCUUUAAUCCAUCAACUGAUGCAAGAUAUACAACAUCAAGAGAAUUACGAAACCAUAUGGGAAAAAAUUGAGGGGUUUGUAAGCAAGCUGGAUGAAUUCAUUCACUGGUUAAAUGAAGCCAUGGAAACAACAGAGAACUGGACUCCUCCUAAAGCAGAGACAGACAGCCUGAAACUGUACCUGGAGACACACUUGAGUUUUAAGUUGAAUGUAGAUAGCCACUGCGCUUUGAAAGAAGCAGUGGUAGAGGAAGGACGCCAACUUCUUGAGCUUAUUGUAUCUCACAAAUCAGGACUGAAGGACAUGCUGCAGAUGAUUGCAAGUCAAUGGAAGGAACUACAGAGGCAAAUCAAACGGCAACACAGCUGGAUUCUUAGGGCUCUGGAUAUCAUCAAAGCAGAGAUACUGGCUACUGAUGUGUCUGCAGAGAAUGAGGAAGGGACUGGGAGCCCUAAGGCUGAGGUUCAGCUAUGCUAUCUGGAAGCACAAAGAGAUGCUGUUGAACAGAUGUCCUUAAAACUGUACAGUGAGCAGUACAACAAUAGUAGCAAGCGAAAGGAAGAGUUUGCUGAUAUGUCAAAAGUUCACACAGUGGGAAGUAAUGGCCUUUUGGACUUUGAUUCAGAAUACCAGGAGCUCUGGGAUUGGCUGAUUGACAUGGAAUCCAUUGUGAUGGACAGCCAUGACCUGAUGAUGUCAGAGGAGCAGCAGCAGCAUCUUUACAAGAGAUACAAUGUAGAAAUGUCAAUCAGACACCCAAAAAAGAUGGAACUGCUUAGUAAGGUUGAAGCUCUGAAGAAAAGUGGUGUUUUACUACCAAACGAUCUCCUUGAAAAAGUGGAUUCAAUUAAUGAAAAAUGGGAACUGCUUGGGAAAACCCUAGGAGAGAAGAUCCAAGACACAAUGGUAGGGCACAGUGGGUUAGGUCCACGUGACCUGCUCUCGCCUGAAAGCGGCAGCCUGGUAAGGCAGCUGGAGGUCAGGAUCAAAGAGCUGAAAGGGUGGCUGAGAGAUACAGAGCUUUUCAUCUUCAAUUCCUGCCUGAGACAAGAAAAUGAAGGAACAAUGAAUGCUGAGAAACAACUGCAAUAUUUUAAGUCUCUGUGCUCUGAGAUCAAGCAGAGGCGCCGUGGGGUAGCCUCUGUGCUGCGAUUAUGCCAGCACCUCCUGGAUGAUCAGGAGACCUGCAACCUAAAUGCAGAUCACCAGUCCAUGCAGCUGAUAAUCGUAAACCUUGAGAGAAGGUGGGAAGCCAUUGUCAUGCAAGCUGUCCACUGGCAGACCAGGCUACAGAAGCGGUCGGAAAAAGACUCGGAGCCUCUAAAUGUUAUUGAUCCCAGUUUGAUGGAUCUAAAUGGUCCAAGUGAAGAUGCACUAGAAUGGGAUGAAACUGACAUAAGUAAUAAGCUCAUCAGUAUUCAUGAAGACUUAAGUGAUCUUGAUCAGGAGCUCAACAAGGAUGAUCUAAACCAGAAACCUGCUUCAGAAGAAUGUGGUGAUAAUGAUGUGAAUGAGGAUGAAAGUAUCAGUAAUCAUGGAAUUCCUCUUUAUUGUCCCAACAUUACUUCCCCUCCAAAUCCUCACAUCUAUCAGGUCUAUAGUCUUCAUAAUAUUGAAUUAUCAGAAAAAAAACAUAUGCCUUUUUUGAAAAAAACAUCCAGACUCUCCAAUGUAAUGCAGUCCAACAUUUUAAACAAAAGUCUCAGUAAAGAUUCAUCAUUUUCAUCUACCAAAUCCCUGCCAGAUCUAAUAGGAGGUACCACAUUGGCAAAACCAUAUAACUGCAUGUAUCAGAGUGGGAACAUAAGCAGGCAUUCUGAGAGUGAGAGUGGGAUAGUGAGUGAAUGCGAUACAGAAACUACAAAUAAUUCAGAAAUUUUUUUGCUAAAUGAUAUUGAAAGCAGUCAGAGUAAUCCUGAAAUUGGGCAUGUGGAAAUCCAAGUGGAUAAUGUAAUAAAACCAAAACUAAAUCAAGAUGAAGAAGAUCAUACUAGUCUUUCAGAUGAUUUCCAAUUGGCUCCUUCUGCAUGCUGCGGAAGUGAAAAUGAUGAGGAUUUGGACAGCAUUACUAUGUCUAACCCUGGUUGUCCAGAAGAAUUGCAAGGAAAACAUGAUGUGUUUACAUUUUAUGAUUACUCAUAUCUUCAAGGCUCCAAAUUCAAAUUACCAGUAAUAAUGAAGCAAUCGCAGAUUGAAAAAACACAUACAGAGGGUAGUUUGUUUCAUGACUUUUGUUUUGACAAAAUACCUGGUAAAUCCGAACAUAAGUCUGGAGAGUCACAACCAGAUGGGUUUACUCUGGCAAGUAUCUGUGGAGAAUCAGAUCCCAGUUCUGGUAAAUCUGCAGAAACUGUAAAAAAAUUACCUGUUACAGAGAAUACAAGACAGGUUUCCACUUUAUCUCAUGAUUCUUCUUUAGAAUCUCUGUCGGUAGUAGGUGAUUUGUUCAGCUCAGGUAUUUUUAAAAGUGGAGAUGGUCUUCAGCGAAGUGCCUCUUUGGAGAGCUGGCUUACUUCCUACAAAAGCAACGAAGAUCUUUUCAGUCAUCAUGGCUCUGGAGACAUAAGUGCCAGCAGUGAUUCUGUUGGAGAGCUCAGUAAAAGGACAUUAGAUCUUCUGAAUCGCUUAGAGAAUAUCCAGAGUCCUUCAGAUCAAAAAAUAAAGCGCAGCAUCUCUGAUAUGACACUCCAAAGUAGCUCUCAAAAAAUGUCUUUUACUGGACAGCUGUCUGUAGAUAUUGCAUCUUCAAUCAAUGAAGAUUCAGCAGCUUCUCUCACUGAACUCAGUAGCAGUGAGGAUCUUUCUCUCUGCUCUGAAGACAUUGUACUACACAGAAAUAAAAUACCAGAUUCAAACGCAUCAUUUAGAAAACAUCUUAAUAGAUCUGUAGCUGAUGAGAGUGAUGUCAAUGUCAGCAUGAUUGUUAAUGUCUCCUGCACUUCUGCUUGUACUGAUGAUGAAGAUGACAGUGAUUUGCUUUCAAGUUCCACCCUUACCUUAACUGAGGAAGAGCUAGGUAUCAAAGAUGAAGAUGACGACUCUAGUAUAGCAACUGAUGAGGAUAUUUAUGAAGAAUGCAAUUUAAUUUCAGGACUUGAUUAUAUAAAAAACGAGCUUCAAACCUGGAUUAGACCAAAAUUUUCCUUGACAAGGGAGAAAAGAAAAAGUAACCUCAGUGAUGAAUUUCAGCGCAGUAAAGAAGUUAGUAAUGAGACAUCAAAGGCCACAGAUACAUUAAGCAUUGAAACACUAUUGAACGGCUCAGUGCAGAAAAUAUCAGAAAAUAAUGGCAAUAGUAAGAAUAUACCAUGUGAUCGUGAAAAAGGGACAAAGAGUCACCCAGUGAAAGACAUCUCUCAGGUUGUGAAGGAUCAGCUUGUGGAUGACAUGGAGAAUGGCAAUGUCGAAAAUACUCUUGGCAGUCAAAAGGAAGGUCUUGUUAGUAUUGCAGCAACCCCCAAAACUCAUGCAUCACUUGAUGUCAGAGAAGCUGAAAAUGAGUGUGGUGUCUGUGAAGCAUUUACAGACAGUUCAGAUGAUUCACAUAUGGAUGGCAAGGAGACUGUUCUUUCCUCAGCUGGAUCCAGGAACCCUCCAAGAGAAUGUCAAAGUCAUCUUCAGGCUGAUCAUCACUCUGUUGCUUCCUCUCCCGCAAAAAAGCCUUGCCUUGAAUCUUCCUCAGAAAUUAAUUCUGUAGGCAUACAAGAUACAGCUUUACAGCCAUCCUUACCUAGUGGUCAACAAUAUAGAAUAAACACUACUGAAAAUUUUCCCGAUUGCUGUGCAGCCUUGAAAUCCAGUGAAGCAGAAUGCAACUCAUCAGCCAAUGGUUUUGAUUUGUGCUGUAACUGUGAAUCUGCUGAUUUUGAUAAAAAAACCAUGGAAGAUGGCUCAGUACAUAAUUUUGUGAGGGAGAUAAUAGACAUGGCAUCAACAGCUUUGAAAAGUAAGUCACAACCUGAAUGUGAGUCAUCUGCUCCAGCUUCAUUAACACAGAUCAAGGAAAAAGUGUUAGAACACUCUCACAGACCCAUCCAGCUAAGGAAAGGGGACUUCUAUUCUUAUCUUUCACUUUCUUCUCAUGAUAGUGACUGUGGAGAGGUAAUCAAAUACAUAGAGGAAAAGAGCAGCACUCCUGUGCCACUGGACUUCACAGAUGAGAGAGAAGACAUUGAAUGCUUCUUUGAAGCCUGUCCUGAGGAAGAACGGGUUGAGCAGCAGCAACAGCCUAUUUCUAAUGGUUCUUCUGAAGCACAAGUUGAGCAGCAGCAACCUAUUUCUAACCCUAUUUCUGAACCAUCUUCAGAGUCAAUAGGUGAAGUGACUCCAGAGUCAUUAGAAUUAAAAACUUCUUCUGAAGGUAGGGAUUUAUCUUUCUUAUGUGGGGAUGACAAUUUAAAUAUUCCAAAUACUAACAAAAAAUGUACAUCAAGCAAUUCAAAAAAUGCUGAUGAUGAUUUGCUGUUUUCAGAUGGACGAAAUGAAAGUUUGGAAAAGAAUUCUCCAGAGGUUAGCACUAAAAAGAGUGGUGCAGGAAAAUCACCUGGAACAGAAGAAAAAAAAGGAUGCAUUGCUGCUUCUGAAGAGGCUUCAGCUACAGAGUUUCAGAUAAAGCCUGGCCAUUCACAGAAAAAGGAUGGUUUGCAUCAGAACAGAAAAACUCUUACCUGUGAAGAAAAUCUCCUGAAACUUCAUAAGGAAAGACAUAUAAAUAUGCACAGAUAGAAUGUAACCCUCUCCAGGCACAUAGAUUAUUCUAAAAACAGAAACUUGGCUGCAAUUCAGGUGCAGGUUCAUCCUGUAAACCCUGGGAUGACCUCCAAUUCCAUUGUAUCACUGCCCUUCAUUAAACUGACUCCCAGGAUAAUUUUUUUUUUUCCAAAUGUGGUUUGUCCAUGUUGGCUUUGGGGUCAGGCUGCAUAUGCUAGUCCUAUUUCAGUGAUCAUUUUAUUUUGUAGCAAGGCCAUUUGCCUUUAUAUGGAUUCCUCUCCCAAGCUACCUCUAAUGACCUCCCUUUCCUAAAUUGGAUGCUCCUGUACUACUUAGCACUGGUUCUGUUCUUUAAGGUACUAUAGAAUUCACAGUCAGUCUGGUUCAUCUUUUCAGAAUUGUACCCGUCAGUACUCUUCUAUUUUAUGUAUCAGAUUUAAUAUUUAUCUGUAUAAUGCAUAAGUUUAUUGAAACUAUUUUGCUUUUAAAGUGACUAUUUUGUUGGAUUGCAGCAAAAAGAAGUCAUUGGUCCUCCUGAUUCAAUACAUCUAAAAAUUAAGCAAUUUAAAUAAAUGGCAUUUUAUUUAUUUAAUUUAAAAAUUUAAUCUAUGCAACACUUCAAGAAACAACUACAUAGUGUUGUAUAUUAGAAACUGUUGACAUUCUACUGAAUUAAGUAUAACAUUUUGGGUUUUUAUGCUUCUUGAGGUGGUAAUGAGAAAAAAGUUUUUAAAAAAUGUGUGCCUUGCUGUAUUUCUUAUACCAUUUAUUAAAAAGCUGCUUUCACAGUAAAAUUAUGUUGGUUUGAAAGGAGGAAAUAGCAAGGUUAAGAUGUGUGAAUAAUUUCUGUAUAUAUGUAUAACCAACUGCAAACAUUGAUGUAUAAUGACAGUAUAAAAUGCUUUCAUGUCUGUGAUGUCCAGUGAUGUGGAAAUUAUAAGCCUUAAAACCAUUAGAUUGCAUGGUAAUUAGAAUUGGC